AUGACUUCACAUUACAAAGAUGAACUCGAAGAACUCAAUCUUCUAUUAAGUGCUCGUCAGGAUACUCUUUCCAGGCAGGACUCAUUGCGGUGCUAUAAGAUUCUAUAUAGUGGCACCAUGGAGUAUAUCAAUAAUGACGCGUACGCUGACAUGAUGUGCGCUUUCAUUUUAAAUUGUGAGAGUUCAGUUUUAUGUGAGAAAGCUGUAAUUAAUCGAAAGUUUUGGGAAGUAUUUAAAAGCUUAAUUGAAGCUCUCCGGCCUGAACCAUUUUCUAAGUGUUUGAAUACAAUAUUCUCCGCAGUUUUAGAGCAGCAAAGAAUUUUCGUGAAAGCUUUGGACUCUCUAUGCGAGCACAUACUUUCUGAUGGUACUAUUUUAAGUGCGAUAGCGGCAAUUUUAGCAUCGAGAGAAGCAGAGCUCGAAACAAAUAUCGCUUUUUUUCGCUGCAUUUCCCAAUUACAGGAUCUUCUAGUCAGAAUAUCAAAUUAUCAACCUCAGAAAGCCGCUACAUAUAUCCCCUUGUACAAACUAAUAUCACUUCAGUGCCGGCUGUUUUACGUCAUGACCCCCCAUCUGGUGGAAGAACCAAUAAGAAAUAUGGUGAUUCAGGGUUUCCUCCCUGUCCGAAAAGAUUUAUACGAAUAUCUGAGAACGGUUGCAGUUGAUGAUUAUCCAACUCCAUUAAAAAAAAGAUUUGACGAUAUCAUGGAUAGCACAUUUAUGUUAAGUGCGAUGUCUAAGGCUGCUUCUGAGGAGAUAAAUGAGAUGCACGAAGACUUUUUACAUUUGAACAUGCUGCAAGGAGCAGAUAUAACUGCUUUCUUAGAAAAUCCAAACCUUUCUUUCAAAAAAACGUUUGCGGAGCAAUUGAUCUUCAACGGGAAGCCUUUUCCUUUACUUAAGAGUGCUUCAUAUGUAUCAAUAUGUUUGAAUGAAUUGUUUGAUUCUUUUGAAAAAGACAUAAAUGAGAAACCGCAUCUCGCCGGCUUCAUUCUCAAUAAGAAUUACUUUAUGUACGCUUUAAUGGACAGGCUUUUGAAGUCGUGGGUUGAGUCAAAGGGAGAGACGGAAAAAGAUAUGUCAUCUCUUUUGAAGUUAAUGCCAAUUAUUUUACAUAGAAUAAAAAGGGCCACUUCCGACCCUAUGGGAUUAACUUUUGAAGAGCUGGUUUCACUGGCCCUAAAUACUAUUAGAUCUUUGGACUACCGCUCCUCUCGAGAAUUGCAGCUAAAUGACUUGAGAGAAGGCUACUACAAAAAAUGGUCCAGGCAUCUAUUAGAUUUCGAGACGAUGCUUUCAGAUCAGGUGAAUGAUUUUGUUCUUCAUCAAAGACUCCUACAAUUACAGAAAGGCACAUGGGUUUACGGUCAAAAUCCCGUCGACCCGUCCAUUAAAACUCCAAGCAUCUUAUUUAUGAUUCUGUCCGUGGAUCAAAACAAUCUUCUGGUAAGGGAAUUUGGUAGAAUCACAGAGAUUCUACCAGCUGUCGAAGGCAAUGUAAUUCAUGCAAACACAGGAAAGAGCACGGACGCCAAAAAAACUUUGGUAGUACCAAUGAAUUCCAUAUCGAAAUUUGAAGCGCAGGAGGUUGCUGCCACUGACAAUACACCAAAAGACUCCCAUUUGAUUAGCUGUGUUAAAAAAAAUGUCUAUACCGAGGUCAAAUUUUUGGAUAAAAACUCUAAAUGUAUACUACGAGUUUUUUUUGAUACCAAGGAAGCUAUUUAUGUUUGGCUCGAUGGUUUACAAUUAGUGGCAUCCGCCAAGCACAGAAAUGGUAUCUCAGAGGCUACGAAAGAACAGAAGGAAACUCUAGUUGAUAUCAGGAGAACAGUUCAAAUGAUGAAUUUGAAUAUUAAGGAGGCAUUUGAGGCUCCCGACACUAGUUCAAGCGAUGAAGAUUUUUAUAAUGUCGACACACUCAAAGGUUUGACUGCAGACUUUUACUACGAACAAGACGUUGAACAAAAAUAA